AUGCCUUUCUACGCUGAGUCCGACGAGUGGAACGAUGUCGAGCCGAUCCCGCUGGACGAGGGCGGCCCCAACGCCCUCGCUGCCAUCACCUACUCGGACGACUAUGACGAGGCCAUGGGCUACCUGCGCGCCGUCAUGGCCAAAAACGAGAUGAGCGACCGUGCCAUGGCUUUGACCGAGGAUAUCAUCCAGUCCAACCCGGCGCACUACACCGUCUGGCUCUACCGCGCGAAGAUCGUCCUCACCCUCGGCAAAGACCUCCGCGAAGAGCUCGCCUGGCUCAAUGCUGCGGCGCUGCGCAACCUCAAGAACUACCAGAUCUGGCACCACCGCCAGACCAUCGUCGACGCGUUGGGCGACGCGGCGGGAGAGCAGGACUUCAUCGCGCGGAUGCUGACCAAGGACUCCAAGAAUUACCACGUCUGGAGCUACCGCCAGUGGCUGGUGCGCCGCUUCGGCCUGUGGGAGGCCGGCGAGCUCGAGGCCGUCGAGGCCCUGGUGCGCGAGGACGUGCGGAACAACUCGGCCUGGAACCACCGCUGGUUCGUCGUUUUCGGCGGCAACCCAGACGGCUUCUCACAAAAGAAGUUAUUGGACAGGGAGAUAGAUUACGCCAAAGCCGCCGUGAAGCUUGCGCCGCAGAACCAGAGCCCGUGGAGCUACCUCCGCGGUAUUGCACGCCACGCAAAGUUGCCGCUCUCGACAUUCAAGGAAUUUGCGCAGCAGUACGCGUCGGUUGAGAAGCCCGACGAGGUGAGCUCUAGCCAUGCACUCGAUUUGCUCGCCGAUGUCUAUUCCGAGGAGAGCAGCAAGGAGAAGGCCGCGGAGGCUUUGGAUCUACUGGCUAGACGCUACGACCCGAUCCGCGAGAACUACUGGAACUAUAGGAAGUCGCUCUUGGAGCAGCCCGAGGUUGUUGCGUGA